GGGUUCAGAAGCAAAGAGAAAGUGGGCUGUGUUUCUCCCAAGGGCUGCCUUUGACACAAGAGACUGCCACACACAACACUAUGCCCUUCGCUGCCAUACUCUCUGUGUUGGCUUUGGUAUUGCCACUGCAAGGGGCUUUUCAAGAGACCCACAAGGAAAUUGUAACAGUCGUGGAGGGUGAUACGCUAGACCUGGACUGUAGAGUUGCUGCGGCUCCCUCUGGGCAUCACAGACCGACUCUGGAGUGGAAAAACCCAAAGGGCUAUGUGAUUUUUUUAAACAAACACCGAGGUCUAAGAGACCAGAGGUAUAAACUUGCCCAUUAUUCAGUAGAUGCUCUAUCCAUUACUCUGUCCAACGUAACAAUGCAAGACGAAGGGCUCUACACAUGUUUCUACUACAGUGAUAAAAUCCAAAGAAAGGAUGUGAGUGUCAUUGUCAUAGCUGCUCCUUCUCAACCUCUUUUGGAAGCAUUAAGAACCAGGAGUCACAACGAAGAAGAAAAAAUUAUAUUGAAAUGCUCCACCUGGGGAAGUAAACCUCCUCCUCGGGUUACAUGGAUGCUGGACAACGGGGUGGAACUCUUUGGUGACUCGGAACACCAACGGGAUGCCAAGAAAUACAAUUCAACCAGCAUCCUCACAGUCCGUAAAUACACCCGGACGUCUUUCUUUACUUGUAUUAUUCACCAUGAAGCUCUUGAAGGAGGAAACUUAACAGCAACAUUAUACCUCAAACCUUUCACAUCAGACAAAAUAUUCAAUGCCACCGAAGGGAACUCUACAAUGCCAACAAUGUCCACAAUGAUAGAAGCAUCUACCUUGAGUUUUAAUUCUACCAUCUAUAAUGGAACAAACCUCACUUACAAAGGCAUCGUGGGAAAGGAGCCAAGCGUUUUGCUCCCGGCCCUUGUGACCAUUCUGCUUGUUGUUCUGUCCAUCGUAGUCCUUCUGUUUGUCGUGAAGCUGUGGAAAGCCCACAGAGAAUGGAAGAAAGGAAACGAUGUUUCAGAACAGACCCUGGAAAGUAACAGAUCGAGACCAAAUGAAGAUAACCAUGGUCAAGAAAAAAAUUGGAAGGUAGUGCCUUGGAAGACAAGUAAGAAAUAUGUCAUCCGAAGCUCCUGCAUGAGGGCAUCAAAGAAUUCAGAAGGAAGUCAAGAGUCAUCUGUCUUUGAGAAACACCUGCCUUACAUUAUUAGAGAAACCGAUAUCUAAUCCCUC